UCACCACUUAUCGACUGCCACAUGUCCGUACUUCAAGUUUCCAUGCCAUUUCAGGCUUUCGGCAGAAUUCUUGCAUACAGCCUCUCCCGCCCCGUCGAUAGAGCUCAUAUUCUUCGUCCUCUUGUUCUUUUCUCUUUCCUUGCCGCUGCCGUUCAUUAAAAAAGAAAGAAAAGAAAAAAAAGAAAGGGAAAAAAAAAUGCUCUCUGUACGAAGGACAAUGCUUCUUCUCAUAAAAAGGGUUUCUUCUUCUUCUAGUGUUCGGGCCCUUGCCGUUGCCGCGCCUUCUCCGGCCGAUCCCCCGCCCCACCGCCUCGACGACCUCCUUCGAUCCCACCUCGACUCCGGCGACGUCCCCGCCGCUGUCUCCCUCCUCCGCCACUCCUUCUACUCCCCCCUCGCCCCUCCUCCGGCUUCCUCCGUCAACCUCGUCUUUUCCCAUCUCUCUAAAUCCCGCCAGUUCGAGUCCGUCAUCUCCCUCUACCACUCGCUCCGCGAGUCCGGUUUCUCCGCCGAUUUGGUCUCCCUCAACAUCCUCAUCCACUGCUAUUGUCAGACACGCCGACUGGACUUCGCCUUCAAGGUGUUCGACGAAAUCCGCGAACGAAGCUACGCCCCUGAUGUUGUCUCCUUCAACACUCUGAUCAAGGGUUUCUGCAAUGAAAACCGAGUUUCCGACGCUUUUAAGGUUUUACGCGAGAUGAGGGAGAAUGGGCCGAGUCCAAAUGUCUACACCUAUUCCAUGUUGAUCGGUCUCGUGUCGCGAGGUUGCUCAAAUUCUGAGCUGGGCUUGGGUUUGAUUCGAGAAAUGUUGCAACUUGGAUUGGAACCGAGCAUGGUUAAUUGCAACUGUGUUCUGACAGCGUUGUCUAAGCAGUUUAAGAUCAAUGCAGCAAAGGCUCUCUAUGGGAGGAUGAGUAAAUCAGGAAUUGUGGGAGAUGUUGUCUCUUAUACUUGUUUUCUUGAUGUCCUGUGUCGAAAGAGGAUGAUAAUGGAAGCAAAAAUGCUUUUUUCUGAGAUGCCAGACAAGGGGGUGGCACCCAAUGUGGUGACCUACAAUACUAUGAUUCAUGGGCUCUGUGCUAAUGGGCAGGGGAACAAUGCAAUGGGAAUGUUAGACCAGAUGGUGAUACACGGUCUCCGGCCAAAUAUAGUCACCUACACAACAGUUAUUGAUGGGCUUUGUAGAUAUGGGAAGCUAGAAGAGACAUUAAAUCUUUUGGAUGUGAUGAGGCAGCAAGGGUUAGAGCCUGACAAGCAAAUGUAUGGCACGUUGCUCAAUGGGUUGUGCAAAGGAGGCAGAGUGGAAAAUGCACUGAAGCUAUUUCGUGAAAUUGAAGCUAUUGGAUUCAAUGAUAUCGCUUCUUACAAUAGUUUGAUCAGCGGGUUUUGCAAACUGGGGAAGAUGGAAGAAGCCAACAAGCUUUUUGAGGAGAUCAUGGAGAAAGGAUUCAAACCUGAUGUGGUUAUGUAUACCACAUUGAUGGAUGGUUUCUGCAAGGUGGGUAAAGUUGAGGCUGCACAAGGGCUUAUAGGUGCUAUGGAAAGGCAGGGUCUUAAACCUGAUUUAAUCACCUAUUCGACCAUGGUAGAUGGUUUUUGUGAUAUUGAGCAAUUUGAUGCCGCAGAAGAGCUAUUGUGUGAUAUGGAAAGGCAUGGGCUUGAACCAAACUCAGUUAUCUUUAAUAAGUUGGUAUAUGGUUUGUGCAAGGCAGGGAAUUUUGGUAGAGCUGAGUAUUAUCUAGAAGAGAUGAGCCGUAAAGGUCAACAAGUCAAUGCCAAGACUCAUCAUAUUCUUUCAAAUGGUAGGGCAGGAAGAUUCCAGGAUGCUGAGAAAUUGGCUCCUUCAUGUGGCAGAGAUUAGAUGGAAACUGAUGCUGGCAUAAAUUAGUGUAUCUGUGAUUAUCACUGCAGAACAGUUUAACAAAGCUAAAGAAGAUGGGUGACAGAAAAAUGUUUCCAAAACCAAUUUAUAACUUACAAUGCCAGCAUUCAGAUCAAAGGUAAAGAUGAGGAAGCCAUAACCAUGUUUCAUGAAAUGGUUGUAAAUGGCAUUGCUUCAUUUCCACAUGCAGCUUAUCUUUUCCAGAGCAUUUAUGUGUGCUGGCCAGCUUGGAAAGUUCUUCCAUAUGCUCCCAGUCACAUUGGAAAGCAGGUAAAGAAUGGAAGUUGAUUUGCAUGCUGUAACGGACGAAUCUCAUGCGGAAGCUGACUACUUGGAAUGAAAGAACUGGUUGCAGGGCACUUGCUGUCAAACUAGUAGAGUGCUCAGACUGUCAGCUAUUCAUGUAUUCUUAUGAUAGUUUGAUUCUUUGAGCAUAAAAUGCUUCAAAUUCUGCAGUAUGAAAAGGCCAAUUUAUGACAUGAUUCUGUUGAACUAAGAAGUCAUGAUGUUCCUAGAAAAUCAUUCAUAUACAAUUUGUAAUACUUAAUUUCAUGCAAUAUGUUAUAUUUUCAUGGAGCCCAGCGGCUUCUGUUCUGUUGUCAAAA